UCGGGCAGUGGUGAACCGGAUGUAGAAUCUCCGCGUGGCAGGUCAUUGCAGCCAUCAACACUGUGGGCACGUGUAUGGAAGGGAUUCACUGAAGACCGAUUUCAAGAAAGGAACAAUGACAUCCCUCGCCCACCAACUGAAGAGGCUUGCCUUGCCUCAGAAUGACCCCAACUUGUUCACCCGGAAAGAGGUCGCCUCGCUUCUUUUCGACCCCAAAUAUGCUGCCACUAUGGACAGGACCACCUUCUACGCCCUCGGGUGUAAUGGACUCGAAGAGCUUCUGGGAAUCGAACCUGCGUUCGCAGAGUUCCAGGACACACUAUUUAACCAGGGCUCCGUGAUGUUGGAAAGGAGCGUCCAGUCCAAGGAAAUCAACGAGAAACUAGACGAAGGGAUCUCCCUCUUCCUCGCACGCAUCUCACCUUACUUUCUCCUCAAGCCAGCCCAGAAGUGCUUAGAGUGGCUCAUACACAGGUUUCACAUCCAGCUGUACAAUGUGGACAGCCUGCUGGCGUGCACACUGCCCUACCACGAGACCAAGAUCUUCUCCAGGGUGGUCCAACUCCUGAAGAUCAGCGAGCCAACACACCGCUGGCAUUGGCUGCACGCCUUACAGAGGAGCGGAGUGCCAUUAGCCAGAGGAACCCUGAUCACUCACUGCUACAAAGACCUGAGCUUCAUGGACUUCAUCUGCACCAUGGUCACCAAGGCUGUCGAGGCUUAUUCUACACACUCGACCACCCACUCCCAGCUCAGAGUGGUCUUCGCCUUCUACGCCUCCACCAUGGUGUCUACUCUGGACGCUGUGGACAAAGUGACAGACACCAUCAUCUCCAAACUGCUGCCCUUUGUUCAGAAGGGUCUGAAGUCGUCCGUGACGGACUACAAGGCGGCCACCUACAUGAUCGUGUGCCAGCUUGCGGUGAAGGUGGUGAUGGAGGGCAGCCUGGUCAACACUCUGGCCCUGCACGUCGCCAAGUCCAUGGUCAAGGAGCCCGUGCUCAUCAAAGAGGGCCUGGGCUGUCUCAUCGUCCUGAUCCAGAACCAGAAGAAGGACUCUGUAGGCCCCAAAGCCUUCGGCCACCUGUGCUGCGUGACCUCCUUGGUGGAGAGCCUCCAGGCCAUGGCGCUGGUCCACGACAUCAGCCCGCUGCUGCACUACCUGCUGCCCCUCCUGGUCCACGCUGUGGUCACCGAGCGCUACGACGAGAUGGAGCAAGACGCUGAGGUUCCCGCUCACGGCCUGCUGCUGGAGUCCGUGGUCCGGUCCCUCCCCCUGACCAACGGCCUGGACAACACCGUGGCCAGGCUUCUCCUGGUGGAGUACCUGGGCCUGGGCGCGCCCACUGAGGAGCACAUCGCCGCCCUCAACCAGAGACUGCUGCCCCUGGUGCGCCUGUUUGAGUCCAAGUACUGCGGCGCCCUAGACGACGCCCUGUCGGGUCACGUGUGUGACUUCGCUGCCGCGGAGCAGAAACAACUCUUCCACCACUUCAUCUCCCUGACAAUGAGCAGUGGGAAGUUCCAGAUCCUGGGGGACUCUGACACGUCCCUGCUGCUCAGCCUGAAGCACCCGCUGUCCUCGGUCAGGAACCUGGCCGUGGAGCACCUCGCCGGCCUCCUCUCCUCUGGACAGCAGGAGAACCUGGACCAGAGCUUCCUGAGGGAGGCCCUUCUUGACCGCAUGCAGGACCACGUCCCAGAGGUGGUGGCCGCUGCCCUCAAGGCCCUGGAGCUGUACAUCGAUCGCUUGGAGCCAGAGGACACCAUUUCCUGCUUGCUGUCCCUACUGGAGAGAACCGACGUCUCAUUGGCUGGACAGUGGCUCCCGGUGCUCCAGGACUGCGUGCGGGUGCUGUCGGACCCCCGCCUCGGCAGGGGCAACGCGGAGCUCUCUGAGCGGCUGGGCUGGAGGCUCCUCCCCUUCCUGGUCCUCACCGGGGCCAAGCCGGACUCGCCGCAGCUCCAGCUGGCCACCUGCGUGGCCACCUGCCCCAUCCUGGCCCAGCAGCCCCUCACGCAGUCCUGGGCUAAAGAGCUGAGUGACGUGGUGACCAACACCAGCACCAAGGACCUGCUGGCCAAAGCCAACGCCCGCCUGGUCUCCACCCUGUCCUUGAACCUGGCCCUCAUGGAUCCCUUCUCCAAGCGCUCUGCUCUGGAGAAGUUGGCGAUGGUGGUCGAGCAGCUGCAGGGCACUGGGCUGCGGGCGAGGACGGCCUUCCUGGUGCUGACCCAGACGCUGCUGCAGGGCCUGGGCCAGCAGAGCGACACCCACCACCUGGUCACCGCGCAGAGGAUCUACACCUGUCUGGAGCGCCACCUGCUGGAGGCCUCUGGCGAUGGCAAAGUGUCGACCAAAGGGUGCCAGACCUCCUUCUCGGGGUCCCUGACGGUGUACCUGGAGAAGGCUAGAGGCGGCUCAGCGGCCGAGGCCGAGUACCUGCACGUCCUGCUCUCUCUGCUCCGCGGCUUCAUCUCCGCCCUCAAGUGCCCGGACCCCUCCUUCAGAGGGGACGUGUGGUGGAACCCGGAGAAGCUGGACACCUCCACCUGCUGCUACCUCCACCUGCUGUGUCGCCUGUUCGACGUGACCAUCAGCGGGUCCAGCAAGGGGCCCGCGGAGAGGCCCUACCAGGACCUGAUGAAACUGCUCUUCCAGGUGCACCUGUCCACGCCCAUGGACCUGAUGAAGUUCCUGUGCAUGCUGUGGGACUACGGCGCCAACCAGGGCGACCAGCUGGACGUGCGCGUGGGCGCCGUCCUCCAGACCCAGGCGCUGUACGUGGGCCAGGCGGUGCUCGCCGCGGUGCCCGCCAGCACGCUGCCCGCGCUGGCCUCCAACCGGUCGCCAGUGGUGCCGUCUCUGCUGGCCUGCCUCUGCUCCCCGCUCCGGGAGGUCCGGCGGGCCGCCGUCGCCGUCCUGGACCAACUGUCCGAGGCCACGGAGUCCUCCUUCCAGCCGCUCGUCACAAGGCUACUGAAGAACACGGAGGAGAUCAUCGCCGACCCCUCCCACCUGAGCCAGGCGCUCAGCGUUCUGCACGAGGAGGUGAGCGCCGACGCGGAGCCGGCUGACCCCCGGAAGCCCACGCUGGGGACGGCCUUCCAGCAGCUGCUGCAGACCAUCAAGACCUCGGCCUGCCCCUCCUACACGGCCGUCGCCCUGCUCGGGGCCCUGGACCACGUCAACGGAGAGUCUGUGCUGAUGGCCCUGAUGCCCGUGCUGGACUUGCUGGUGGUGCAGAGCGGCCAGGACCCCACCUUCCUGCGCAACGAGGCCCAGCUCUCACAGCUGGUCCUGGGCAAGUACAACGAGGAGGCGGCCCCCCUGCUGGCCAAGGACCAGGCCUGCCUGGCCCUGUUCGUCCAGGCCCUGAAGUCGCCCCUGCAGCCCUACCCGGACAUCCCCAGCAUCCAAGUCAUGGCUCUGGAGCAGAUCACCAAGGCCUUCUUCGCGGCGCUGGGGGAGGAGAAGGUGCAGCAGCAGCUCCUGGGCGUGAUGUUUGACCUGCUGGCGGACAGCCGGGAAGCCCUCGUCUCCAGCGCCAUCAGCAGCGUCUUCAAAGGGCUAGCGGUGGAUGCUGAGCUGGUGGCCAAAGAGUUGGUUCCUCCAGAGAAACCUAAAGUCAGCGUGACCGUCCAGCAGACGCGCAGGAGCAAGAUGCUACAGAGGAAAGCUGAAGAGAGCGGGGAGAGUAAGCCGGAGGAGGAGGCGGUGUUGUGGCAGAGGGUCACUCUGAUCCUGGAGCUGCUGCAGCACAAGAAGAAGCUGAAGAGACCCCAGGCCUUGGUCCCGGCACUGUUCACCCUGCUGUCCAGGAGCCUGCAGCCCGGCCCAGGGAUCCAGGCUAACGUGGAGUACACCCGGCAGCUCCUCCUCAGCUGCCUUCUCAACGUCUGCCAGAAGCUGUCUCCAGACGGGGAGCCCGUGGCAACGGACAUUCUGGAGGAGGACAAGUUCAACGUGGAGCUGGUGGUCCAGUGUGUGAGGGUGUCGGACAUGCCCCAGACCCACCACCACGCCCUCCUCCUGCUGGGAACCGUGGCCAGCAUGUUCCCCGAGAAGGUGCUGCACAACAUCAUGCCCAUCUUCACCUUCAUGGGGGCCAACAUCAUGCGCCUGGACGACUCCUACAGCUUCCAGGUCAUCAACAAGACGGUGCAGACGGUCAUCCCCGCCCUGAUCAAGGCCCACGAGGGCAGUGAGACCAGCAACAUGGACGUGGUGGUCAUCAAGAUCGUGCACGUGUUCGUGGACGCCCUGCCCCACGUGCCCGAGCACCGGCGCCUGCCCAUCCUGUCCCAGCUGGUGACCACGCUGGGGCCCGCCCGCUUCCUCUGGGUCCUCAUGCUGCUCCUGUUCAAGCAGCACGCCACCAAGACCGCCGGCUCGGCCGCUGACAAGGAGGUGGCUCUGGAGAUGGACGUGGAGUUCUGGACCUCUCUGUGCUGUACCUUCGAGGUGUCGGAGCAGCUGACCUCCGUCAUCCACAUCCUGCAGUACCUCAUGGGCCUGCCCCAGGACAAGGAGGACGCAGUUCCUGCUACCACGCGGACCCCGGCCCCCCGUCGAGGGGCGAGGAGGAAGGAGCCCCAGCCACAGGAGGAGGAGAAGGCCGAGGAGCUCCUCUUCAACGUGGAGGCCCACAGCAGCAAGGAGCUCAGGCACUUCAAGUUCCUCUCCGUCAACUUCACCGCCCAGCUCCUCGCCGCCAGCGGCUUCAUCGGGAAGCUCGCAGAUACCACCGAUGCUGGGGAGGAUGAAGGUCUUCUACAGCUGCAGCAGAGCCUGCUGGAGGAAACGCUGCGCUACAUCCACAGUGUGGCCCGCUGUGUGGAGGACAACUCAGACAAGCCUACCGCCAAGUUCUGGAGGGCUCUGCUCAACAAGGCCUACGACGUCCUGGAUAAGGUGAACUCCCUGUUGCCCACGGAUACCUUCAUCAUGGUGAUGAAGGGGCUAAUGACCAAUCGUCUGCCGUCGGUCCGGAGGAAGGCCAUGGAGCUGCUGAACAACAAGCUGCAGCACAAGACCAAGUGGGAGGAGCAGCAGGUGACGGUGCUGCUGCGUCUCUCAGACGACCUGCUUGCCAUCGUGGGUAGGGGUCACGGCCAGGGCGCGGAGCAGCCGGAGGCGGAGAUGAGGGAGGAGCAGGAAGAGGAGCUGGCCAUCAACCGGCAGACGGCGCUCUACAGCCUCAAGCUGCUGUGCCGCAACUUCGGCGCCGCCCACCCGGAGGCCUUCGUCCCCGUGCUGCAGCGUGCCGUGGAGGUCGCCACGGCGACGGAGGAGGAGAAGAACGUGACGGGCAGUGCCCUGCUCUGCAUCGCCGAGGUGGCCAGCGUGCUCAAGACCCUGGCCAUCCCCCAGCUGCCCCGCCUGAUGCCGGCGGUGCUGCAGACGAUGGAGGAGAGGAAGGACCUGCUGUCCAACGAGAUCUACCUGCUGAGCGCCGUCACAGCCCUGCAGCGCGUGUCGGAGACGCUGCCCCACUUCAUCAGCCCCUACCUGCACGCCACCGUCACACAGGUGUGUCGGAUAUCCCGGCUAGCAGAGACCUCUGCCACGUCCCCCCAGCUCUCCGCCCGCCUCACCUCCCUCAGCUCCACCCUGGCCACCAAGGUGCCCCCCAGGGUCCUGCUGCCCACCCUCACAAAGUGCUACAACGACAUGGUCCCCGCAAAGCAGAGCCAUCUAGGUCCCCUCAUGUCCAUUUUGAAGGCACACAUCACUCACAUGGAGAAGGAUCAGCUGAACACCCACCAGUCAGAGCUCACCUCCUUCUUCCUCACUGCACUGGACUUCCGGGCCCAGCACUGCCAGGGUGAUCUGCCGAAGACGGCGGAGGUGGAGGGCUUCACUAUCGACUGUCUCCUCGCCAUGGUGAUGAAGCUCUCAGAGAUCACCUUCAGACCGCUCUUCUUCAAGCUGUUUGACUGGAGCAAGACGGAGACGGAGGGGAAGCAGAGGCUGCUGACCUUCUACCGGCUGGCCGACCGCAUCGCAGACCGCCUCAAGGGGCUCUUCGUGCUGUUCGCCGGCAACCUCGUCAAGCCCUUCUCCGACCUCCUCCAGCAGACCAACGUCGCAAAGACAGACGAGGCGCUGUUUGACUCGGCGGACGGGGUGGACAAGAGCACCAUGCUGCUGCACCACGUGCUGGACUGCAUGUUCAAGAUCUUCAUGUACGACACGCACCACUUCCUGAGCAAGGACCGCGCCGAGGCCCUCAUGGGGCCCCUAGUGGAUCAGUUGGAGAACACCCUCGGGGGGGAGGAGUCGUACCAGCUCCGGGUGACCCAGCACCUGGUGCCCUGCCUGGGCCAGUUCUCCGUUGCCAUGGGUGACGACACGCAGUGGAAGACCCUCAACUACCAGGUCCUGCUCAAGACCCGGCACAGCUUGUCUAAGGUGCGCUUCUCCGCUCUGCUGAUGGUGAUGGAGCUGGCCCGCAAGCUGAGGGAGAACUACAUGGUGCUGCUGCCCGAGACCAUCCCUUUCCUGGCCGAACUCAUGGAGGAUGAAUCCGAGGAGGUGGAACAUCAGGUCCAGAAGGUCAUCCAGGAGAUGGAGAACAUCCUGGGGGAACCUCUGCAGAGCUACUUUUAACUCACACACCACCCCAUAGCACACUACACACACACAUAACUCCACCUUCGGUACUUCCAGUUAGCAGUUAUUGCUAUAUGGGUGUCUAUACUUUAAAUGCCUUUAGAAGGACUUAAACAGCGGCUUGACUAUAUUUGCACGGCUCCUUAGCGAAUAUAUAAAUCUCUGCCGCAGCCACAAAUAUCUAGGUGGCCGUUUUGGAAAGACUCACCAUUCCCAAGCAUCAUCUCAAACGUACACAAGUCUCAUUGUGUAUGUCUGAUCACUUUCACCAACCAACAAGUCAUUUUUCCCUGAAUGCCAUUUUUCAGGUCAGUGCUGUGGUUGCAUUCAGGCCUACGUAUUGGUCAUUUGUUUUUGGCCAACUCGAAGUUAGGUAAUAUUUUGUAUUUUGGGUUGAAUCAGUGUGACUGAGUAUUUUUAAUCUUUAAUCAAACUAUUUGUUUGCUUAAAAGGUAACUUUUUUUUUUUUGACAUCGAAGGAACGGAGUAGGAAUCAUUAAUUAAGAACUUUUCUUGUAGGCUACCUUCCAGAUGAUGUAUACAUGUUAUGUGUUUCUGUAUUUGUUAUAUGUGAAGAUGUCAUUCAUCAUUAAAUGUAUGCAUCUAUUGGCUAAGAAACGUA